GUACGGCGUUUAUUUUGAAUGUUUGAUACCUAAAACCUACCUGUGUGAGAAGGUAAGGAAUUCUGCUCGGCCGUUUCCUUCCACCUCGCACUCUGGUAGAAUUACUGGUUUUUGCUCCUUCGUCGCGAAAAUCCAAAACUAGUAGGGGAGCUUUCUUCUUCCCAAACCAUCUAUGCUGAAUUUCUUGUGCAAAACUGUUCUCAAUGGGACUCAUUGCACCAUCAGGGCUGCUUCAGCAGCCCCCAAAUCAUUAUCAUCUUCCAGACACAUCUCAAGCACUUCAAACCAACACUCAUUUACAGUCUCCUAUCUCAUGAACUCAUGUGGGUUAUCCCGAGACACUGCUCUAUCAGCUUCUCAACAUGUUAAUUUUGAAACCCCAGAUAAAGCAGACUUGGUCAUUGGCUUUUUCAAGAACCAUGGUUUCUCAGAAUCCCAAAUAUCAACUGUCAUUGAAAGAGUCCCUCCUGUGCUUUUAGCAGAUCCGGAGAAAACCCUUUUGCCCAAGUUGGAAUUUUUACACUCCAAAGGCUUUACAAGCCCUGAAAUUGUUGGAGUCGUAUCUAGAAACCCACCCAUAUUGGAGCGAAGUUUAAAGAAACAAAUAGUCCCUUCUUUUGUUUUCUUCAGGAACUUGCUUGGAACCGAUGUGGAGGCUGCUACUGCUGUUAAACGCUUUUCGGGUAUUCUCUCUGCCGAUCUUAACACUUUUGUGGCUAAUAUCGAUAUCAUGCGAGAAAAUGGAGUGCCCGAAACAAAUAUAGUUAAGUUUAUCAAAGAACAUCCCCGAGUUUUCAUGACAGAUCCGGUCAGGUUUAAAAGAACUGUGGAGGAAGUGAAGGAAAUGGGGUUCAAUGCCUCAAACGUGAAAUUUGUUGAAGCUAUUUAUGCAAUGACAGGAAUGAGUAAAUCGACGUGGGAGAGGAAGGUCAAUACUUAUAAGAGGUGGGGUUUAUCUGAGGCAGAAAUAAUUGUAGCGUUUAAAAAGCAUCCCUCGUAUAUUUUAGCUUCCGCGGAUAAGAUUGAGAGGGCAAUGGAUUUCUUUGUCAACAAAAUGGGUUGGGAGUGUUCGCUUAUUGUUGAGCGCCCGAUACUUGUGUUGCUGAGCUUGGAGAAGAGAAUUGUUCCGAGGACUUCAGUUAUUAAAGAUUUAGUGUCGAGAGGUUUGGUCAAGAAGGAUAUUUACUUACCUACAGUGUUCGAAUAUCAGGAGAAGAAGUUCCUGGAGAAGUUUGUGACGCCUUACAUGGAAGCUUCUGAGCUAUUGAAGCUAUACGAGGAAGAAGUGGAUCUUUCAGAGGUGGGAAGAGAGUGGAACUUAUUAGGCAAAGAGUGAGAUGAAGGAGUUGUAGCCCAUAUGAAUAAUGAAUCAAAUAAGUUGUUAAAUGAUUUGAUACUGCAGAAUCUUUUAAUGGUAUUCUUGCAAUUUUUGGGGUCCAAGAGCUCAACUAAUCCAAAAUCCAGAUUAUUUACCAGAUUGGCUGGUGGUGCUUAUUUCUCUGAGUUUGGAGAAGCGACCUAGUCCAAAUUUUGUUGUUAUGUAAUUUCUACCGUUGGGAGAUCUGGUCAAGAUUAGGGUGACUGUCUGUUUGAGGAUCAUGCAAUACUCUUUCUGCAGAAUUGCAUGAAAUGUUAUUGAGGAAGCUCCUUAUAUAUUGAAGCUUUAUACUUCCUUAUUCUGUUACUUGAUCCCAUUGUUCUUGAACUUGCUUUAGUUCAUAUCUUAGAGGGAAAUUCAUUUUAGUUAUGCUAUCUACAAUUAUGAAUCAUCCAUUGUUUCAGCUUAAUUUCGACAACAUAAA